AAUAAAAACGAAUUCACUAUAUAUAGUAAUAUAAUUCACUAUUUAUUAACUAAAAAUAAAAAAAUAAUAAGAAAUAUAUUAGUAUUAGAGGUCUACGGUAUAGUUAAUAAUAUUAACCUCUCUUAUAUAAUUUUAAUAACGUUAAAGAAAAUUACUAAUUAA